CAGCAUUGUCUCGGCUCGCGAAGUAUCGCGUCUCCAGCGUGGCACUGAAUGUGAAGAAGACAAGAGGAGAAAACAGACGACACUGAACGGAUAAAAGCUCGCUUUCUUUGACAAAAUACACUCGCGGAGAACUCGUAUGCGCAUUGCUUAAGGAUUUACGGAGUCACAUCGGUGAGAAAACAGCGGCAUUUGGUUUAUUUCUCGUCGGGCCCGGACACAGCGGAUAUCGAGAUAGAGGCUCAACUCCGGCUCUUUCGUCCUGACAUGGACACAGGAAUUGUACCCGAAAAGAAAAGAGUGACCUCGGAGCGGAGGAAGGAGAAGUCCAGGGAUGCGGCGCGAUGCCGCCGUGGGAAGGAGUCGGAGGUGUUCUACGAGCUGGCCCAGCAGCUGCCUCUGCCCCACAGCAUCAGCUCCAGCCUGGACAAAGCCUCCAUCAUGAGGCUCGCCAUCAGCUACCUGCGCAUUAGGCAGCUGCUCAGCACUGAUGAACCAGUGGCAGAAGAGGAGACAGAGCUGGAUAUGCAGCUCAACAGUUCCUACCUUAAGGCUCUGGAUGGCUUCCUUAUGGUGCUGUCUGAAGAUGGAGAUAUCGUUUAUCUCUCCGAGAAUGUCAACAAAUGCCUUGGGAUGGCACAGUUUGACCUGACUGGACACAGCGUGUUUGACUUCACACAUCCCUGUGACCAGGAUGAGCUGCGAGAGAUGCUCAUCCACAGAACAGGCACCAAGAAGAACAAGGAACCAAUCACCGAGCGCAGCUUUUUCCUCCGCAUGAAAUGUACUCUGACAAGCAGGGGCCGCACCGUCAAUGUCAAGUCAGCUACAUGGAAGGUUCUCCACUGCUCUGGUCAUGUCCGUGUUUAUGAAACCCAGACUGAAAAGACCAACGAGAACACGGAGCCUCCCGUCCCCCACCUGGUUUUGAUCUGUGACCCCAUUCCCCACCCUUCCAACAUCGAGGUCCCUCUGGACACCAAGACCUUCCUCAGCCGCCACACGAUGGACAUGAAGUUCACGUAUUGCGAUGAGAGGAUCACUGAGCUCAUGGGUUAUGAUCCAGAGGACUUACUGAAUCGUUCCGUGUACGAGUACUAUCAUGCUCUGGACUCUGACCACCUUACUAAGACUCACCAUAACCUGUUUGCAAAGGGCCAGGUGAGCACAGGACAGUACCGUAUGUUGGCCAAGAGCGGAGGCUUUGUGUGGGUGGAAACUCAGGCCACUGUCAUCUACAACAACAAGAACUCCCAACCACAGUGUGUUGUCUGCGUCAACUUUGUGCUCAGUGGCAUCCAGGAGGAGAAAAUGAUCUUGUCACUGGAGCAGACCACAGAUUUGAAGCCUGUGAAGAAGGAGGAGCAGGAACAGGAACCGGUGCUGGAGCUGGAGGAAGAAGAAGAGGCUGUUGUGGUGGACAGCAGCCCGUCUGACAUGUCUCCAACCCUGCUGAAGGAGGAGGACGAGGAGGACGAGGAGAAGGAGGACAACGUCCCUGAGCUGGACGUGAUCAAACUAUUUACUCAGACUGCAGAGACCAAGCCAAGCUUGUAUGACCAGCUGAAAGGGGAGCCUGAGGCCCUCACCCUGCUGGCCCCAGCUGCUGGAGACACAAUCAUCUCCCUGGACUUCAGCUGCCCUGAUUCAGAGAUUCAGCUGCUGAGCGACGUCCCUCUCUACAACGACGUAAUGCUGCCCUCCCCGGGCGACAAACUGGCUCUGUCUCUUUCCCCCCUGCCAUCCAGCGAGCCUCUCUGUCUCGCCACCGCCUCUGAUGAGUCAAAACCCGAGAGCUUUGCUCCAGCUCCGUCCUCUGCAGCAGCCAGCCAUAGCGCCACAGAGACUGUCACUCCAUUGGGCUUUUGUUUACCCAUGGACUCCGAUAUGAGCUCAGACUUCAAACUUGACUUGGUGGAGAAGCUUUUUGCCAUUGAUACAGAGCCCAAGAGCCCCUUUACCACACAGGAGAUGGAGGAUUUGGACCUGGAGAUGCUGGCUCCCUACAUCCCCAUGGACGAUGACUUUCAGCUGCGCAGUCUGACCCCGGAUGAGCCUCUAUCCCUCAAGAGUUCUCCGGUCCACAUCACACAGGACGUCGGCAGCUAUCCCAGCUCCCCAUUCAGUUCACUGAGCAGUCGCACUGCUUCCCCAUCUCCACCCGAGUCUGUGAACUCCCCUGCUACCAGCACUGCCAAAAUAACCCCACAUUUGGACAAAGAAGUCUCACUCAGGACUCUGGCUACUCAGAACAUACAGCGCAAAAGAAAACUUUGUGACCUAAAAGAGAUGACCGAACACAGAAGUUUGCUUCAUGAGCAACUGGACCAGGGCAAAAAGCUGAAAGCUGCCAAUUUGGGAUCAACAACCACCAACACCACCACCACCAUACUCCUGCUGCCUUCAGAUGUGGCGAGUCGUCUGCUCGGCACCACUUCAGAAGGCAGCGGUUCUCUCUUCUCCCUGCCACAGCUCACCCGCUACGACUGCGAGGUUAACGCCCCCGUGCAGGGCCGCCAGUACCUGCUGCAGGGGCAGGAGCUGCUGCGCGCACUGGACCAUAUUAACUGAGGCAAUGCUUACUUUGCUUUACUGUUGGACAAGACUGGACACUACAGUUUCUCUCUCUCUCUCUCUCUCUGUCAUUGUCAACUCCCCUCUCCAUGACCCUUGCCCCUUCACUCCCCCUUAUUUAUCUGUAUGAGUUUGAUAAUAGUUUGGCUGCCGUUUGUGCACAUCAUGUGAUAUCUGCAGCAUUCCACAGUGACAAACACCUUAGCAGCGUCUGGGUUUUUUGUGCAAGGGAUUCAGGCAUCAUGAGUUGUUCACUCGUUUUUGUUUUUCCAUGCUCUCUCUUCCCCGAGAGUCUGUGAGCACACAGCGCCUCGAUAGAUGACCCCUUUCCCAGCCGGUCAACACGGAACCUGGCGCUACUGCCAGCAGUGUGUCCGUAAGCUUCAGUCGCACAAUUUAUAUU